GUGAAAGGCGGAGCGGGGAGGGCGGCCCGCCCGAGCUCCAAACGUCCUAACGCUGCCGGGACUGGGGACCCGGCUGCCCCGGGCAGGAGCGCGGAGGGGAAGCGCCCAUGGCUCCCCUGGGACUCUCCACGACCCCCGGCGCCUUGGGCAGCUCGGAUGGCUCCCAACUGUCUCGAGCCUUGGAGGCGGGCUCCGCCCUGGCUUCUUCCAGUGGAGGGACAACACCAUCUCCUACGAACAGUGGGAAUGGUCACCCAGAAUAUGUUGCCAUCGUACUAGUUCCAGUUUUCUUUAUCAUGGGACUUUUGGGAGUCUUUAUAUGCCAUCUACUUAAGAAGAAGGGCUAUCGGUGUACGACAGAAGCUGAACAAGAUGCAGAAGAAAAGGUUGAAAAGAUAGAAUUGAAUGACAGCAUAAAUGAGAAUAGUGAUACUGUUGGACAAAUUGUCCAUUACAUCAUGAAAAAUGAAGCAAAUGCUGAUGUUUUAAAGGCCAUGGUGGCAGAUAACAGCGUAUGUGAUCCUGAAAGUCCUCUGACUCCCAGUACUCCGGGCAGCCCUCCAGUGAGUCCGGGCCCCUUGUCCCCAGGCGGGACUCCAGGGAAGCAUAUGUGUGGCCACCAUCUCCACACCGUUGGAGGGGCAGUAGAAAGAGAUGUAUGUCAGCGCUGCAGACAUAAGCGGUGGCACUUCAUAAAACCAAGCAGCAGAUCUAAAGAAGGAAGAAGCCGGCGACAAGGAGAAGUGACGGUUCUUUCUGUUGGCAGGUUUAGAGUUACAAAAGUGGAACACAAAGCAAAUGCCAAGGAGCGGAGAAGUCUGAUGUCCGUGAGCGGCACAGAAAGCGUCAACGGCGAGGUCCCCGUGACUCCUGUGAAAAGGGAGCGGAGCGGCACGGAAUAGGAGGAGGAGUUUUAUUCAAAGGAAUUUCAAAGAGACUGAAAACUUAAGUGAUGUGCAAAGCCAUUUGCCCAAGGAAAUAUUUUCUUAAACCUUUUGUACCAUUUCUGCCCUGGCUGUGUGUCUCAGACUAAAACAGAACACCGUUUGCUGUACUAAAUGCCAGGUUCUGUGUGUCAGCUCUGUAACCGGUUUUGUCCCUUACGCCUUAUGGAAAGUGGGUUAAAUUUUGGAGAAAGGCAAGAUUUGGUUGUAUUUUAACUUAAUUGCCUCUUCCUUCGCUCUUGUGUACAUAACUCGAGUUUUCUCAUUUCGGUAACAUGUAUAUGUACAGUGGGGAUAUUAAUGUACAGUUGGAAAUUGUGCUUUUUUGUCUCUCUGUUUUUUCAUCUUUUAUUUUCUGUCUGGGGGGAGGAACAGUGCACGCUACCAGUUUCACGACACAGAAGUGAUAGGCGGUGAUGUCGGCCUCCUCCUUCCACCUUCAUCGUAAUCAUGUCUCAUCCCUAGAUUACCAGUGACUUCCUUUUAGGAGUGACAUCAAUUUGACAACAAUCCUGUUUUAAUGAUUACAAAAUGGCUUCGAGCCCAUUGAACAAAAUGUUGUUGUUUUGAUGGUCCAAAGCCCAAACAAACCUCCAGUGUAAGGUGGACUGGAACUCUUCUUGAGCUCUCUUCAUGGUGUAGAUAAUGGCCAUUAGGUGUUAAUGAGCAUUCAUGGGAUGCUGAUUUUAAAGCCUUGCAGAUGUGUUUCAUGACAGGCAAGGGCAAAACAGUGUGAGAGGAACAGUGAUGGAACACAUCAGACAAAACCUUUCAUUACUUUGAAUUUUGUUAUUUAAGCUCAGUGUUUUCAGAUCUCUAUCACCCUCCUUAAAAUAAUUUUAAAAGAAAACAAACCUAUCAUCGUCCUGAAAGAACACUUCUGUGUCAAUGGACUUUUAAGUAUUACUGUAAAUAUCAUUUUUUCCCUAGACUUAGCCAUGAAGAUGACUGGUAGCUUUAAUUUUGCCUCCAUUUUUUUUCUUCUUAUUCAAGGCAGUAUGGUGCAAUGGAUAAAGAGCCGGCUUUGGCCUUAGGAAGGCCUUGUUCAAGUUUUACCCUCUUGUACAUAUUAGCUAUUUGAUCAAAAGAAAGGCAUUUUAUCACUUAGUGCUCCCACUCACUCUUUUUAUGACUAUAAAUUGCAGAAGACAGACAGAUCUGCAUUGAAAUAGGGAGUUUCCUCAUUGGGAGUUCCCUAUUUCAGUGAAAUCUCAAGUUCCAUCCAAAAUUUGUCAAUUUUCUAAUAAAUCUGAAAGUUAAGUCUGUAUGUGGGUGUGUUGAGUACAUAUUCUAAAAGGAUUAAUAAAUCUCUUGAGUUCCAGAAAAUUAUGAUUUUGAUAGUGUAAAUAUUUUUUUAGGUCUAGAUUUUAAAGUAUUAGUUUUGUUAAGUUAAAAAUCAUCAUUAAUUAUUAAUGGUUUAAAAUAUUACAUUCCAGUAUGGAGAAGAAUCAAAAUGUACGGCAUUUCAAAAGCUUUAAGAAUUUUAUUCAGUUCAGAGUACUUUUUAGCAAUACAGUGGAGAAGAAAAUAGACUGCUAUCUAAAAUUAUAUUCAAAUGAAAAGCACAUUUUAAAAGUUUUUUUAACAUGAGCAUUUUUUUGGUUUGAUUAUCUUACAAUUAUGCCAAAAGUUUUGCACCCCAUACAUCAAUCAUGUAAACAUUUGUGUGGGUUUCUUGUAUCCAAUGAUAAUUCUGAAGUGUUCCGAAGCAACGGAUGUUUACAGGAGCUUUUAUUUGGCUUCCUCCUUUGGAGGGGAAGGAAUUCCCGACGUAAGCUUAUAGAACGACACUAACCAUUGUUAUCCUGUGUAAAGUUUGUAAAGGCAAUUUUUCAUCAUUUUGUGUGUCAAAUCUAUUUUUAACUGUAUGGUUUGUACCUUAAGACUUUUGUACUACCAAAGCAGAGUUAAAAAUAAAAGAAUAAUUAAAGUCUU